AUGAAUAUGUUGGAUGAUGAAGAUGACCAAAGCUUUCACGCUACGCGUGACGGCUACUCCCAUUUGAGCGAUGUCGAAUGGGAUGCGGUUGAACGAAUGGGUUCGACCAUGGGCAUCCAUGCUGUUAGCGUCAUGCUAGAGGCUCUCAAUAGAGAUGCCCAACAUGUUACUAUCGCCAAGUUCAUUCAAAAUGAACUUGACGCAGAACGCGAGAAAGUAGCCUUGCUUCACCAACAAGGUUCUCAACAAGCAGAGUUGUUGAGAGAACAAGGUGCUCAACAGUUUGAACUGUUGAGACAGCAGCAAGCUGCUGCUGGCGGGUCGAUGCACUCGCGUCGACCCGAGACUUUGAAGAUUGACAUCUCAAAGGCGCGUCGCAUCGACGACGGGGAUAUGCAAGUUGCAUUUGCCCAGUCAAAUCUGGCAGGACGUGCCAAGACUUGGGCACUGGGGCUCAAGCUGCACGACCCAUAUGCGUUUGGGUCGUUGGAAGUUCUUCAAGUCGCGGCUCAGACAAACGUUUGA